GUGUGCAAGAUAAAAUCUUUGUGUGUGGAGGAUUCUUACAGGGUCGACCUGAGAUCGCAUGUGGCUGGUGGGAUAGGUUUCCAGGAUCCAAUCUAUCAUCAUGUGUUCUCAGGUCGCCCCUGCCGGAUUUCCUUCACAACGCGGCAACAAGCUGGUGCGAGACGUAUAUUUCUCUCUCUCCAUCCGGAUGAAGGAAUGCCUGCCAGUUUUACCCCGACGUAGCAGUCUCCAUCUGCAGAUUAACCGCAUUUGAUUGAGAUUCCAUCUGCAGAUCCCGUCGUUUGAACAAAUCUAUGGCGUCAUUCCUCUCAAACAGAAGUGAACCCGUUAUCGGUAGUGGAUUGAUGCAUAGAGUACUUAUAAGGUCUCUUAGCAGCUUUGCUGCCUUCUCUGUUUUGUUUUAGUAUUCGCUGGUAGACCCGUUUGAAAUUGCUUGUUUUCCUUUCUACUUUCGUGUUUUAUUUUCUUAAUUAAUAAAUUGGUAUCACCCUUAUAUAAAUAAACAAAAAAAA